AGCCAUCACAGCGCCCCGACCUUGGCUUCCUCUGCUGGGUGGGACUGGGGGCUGGGCCCCCCAGUGAGCCCCUGGCUUCCCCCUUCCUCUGGACAGGGGACAGAGAGGCGUGGGCUCAGGGAGUAGGGAGGACUUCCUCUUGUCCCGGCAAGAGCAUGCCGGCCCUCUGUAAGCAGGUUCGGGGCUCUCAGGCAGAGGAAACCAAAAGCAGUGAGAGGGAGGGAAGGCAGAGCGACCAAUCAAGGGCAGGGUGAGGCUCAAAACCAGCGGGCUCCCUGGGGAGCCAGACCAAGCCUGGGGUGAUGGCAGAGCUGCAGCAACUGCAGGAGUUUGAGAUCCCCACGGGCCGUGAAGCUCUGCGGGAGAACCACGGCGCCCUACUGCGGGUCGCCGACUACUGCGAGGACAACUAUAUGCAGGCCACGGACAAGCGGAAGGCACUGGAGGAGACUAUGGCCUUCACCACCCAGGCGCUGGCCAGCGUGGCCUACCAGGUGGGCAACCUGGCAGGGCAUACGCUGCGCAUGCUGGACCUGCAGGGGGCCGCCCUGCGGCAGGUGGAAGCCCGGGUGAACAUUCUGGGCCAGAUGGUGAACAUGCAUAUGGAGAAGGUGGCCCGGAGGGAGAUUGGCACCUUGGCCGCUGUCCAGCGGCUGCCCCCCGGCCAGAAAGUCAUCGUCCCCGAGACCCUGCCCUCCCUCACACCCUACUACAGGAGACCCCUCAACUUUGGCUGCCUGGAUGACAUUGGCCACGGGAUCAAGAUUAUGUAUAUUUCAGUUCGGUUCUCUAGUGAAAUGUCUGUGAAAAUGACAGGCGGGGCACUUCUGCAUGUGACCAGUUCUCUCCCCGCCUCAGCCAGCCUGGGGAGACCGCCCCGGAUCCCCGAGCCGGUGCAGCUCCCCGUGGUGCCCGACGGCAAACUCUCCGCCGCCUCCUCCGCCUCUUCCCUGGCCUCGGCCGGCAGCGCCGAGGGUGCCGCUGGGGUCUCCACGCCCAAGGGGCAGGCUGCACCCCCGCCCCCACCUCUCCCCAGCUCCUUGGACCCACCUCCCCCACCAGCCUCCGUCGAGGUCUUCCUGCCGCCUCCUCCGAUAGAGGAGCCGGCUCCGCCCCCGCCGGAUGCAGAACUGCCCCCGCCCCUGGACCUGCCCCCUCCUCUGCCCCUGGAUGGAGAUGAUGAGUUGGGGUUGCUACCUCCGCCCCCACCAGGCUUUGGGUUGGAGGAGCCCAGCUGGGUGCCUGCCUCAUACUUGGAGAAAGUGGUGACACUGUACCCCUACACCCGCCAGAAGGACAAUGAGCUCUCCUUCUCCGAGGGCACCGUCAUCUGCGUCACCCGCCGCUACUCCGACGGCUGGUACGAGGGCGUCAGCUCAGAGGGGACUGGAUUCUUCCCUGGGAACUAUGUGGAGCCCACCUGCUGACGGCCCUGGCUCCCUGGGGGCCCGUGCAGGCUCUGUCCUGAGCUGGUUUCUGGAGCCCCAGGAGGCCAAAUCCAGCUCCGCCAUCGAACCCCUCUCUUGGACUGCCAGCAGUUCUGUCCCUUCCCCCGUGGCAGGGGUGAGGGGCCCCUGGGGAGAGAGGUGCCCAGAGACCUGCUGCAGAUGGGACGGAACUGGAAGCCAAGGAGUGUCCGGGGGAUCCCCCACACACUCCAUGCAAGGCAGGGUCUCCUGCUCAAGUGCCAGCUCUGAAUAAAA